GGUAGUUGUUGAACUCUAGUUGUUGAGCUAGCGGCAGCAAAAAAAAACUGGUGCUUUCAUCAAUCUGAUGAUGGUUUGAGAUAGCGAAGCGCUUCGUUCGAGUUCAUGUACUUGGGUUGGGUGUAUUGGUUAUGAUGGGUAUCUGAACCUCGUCCUUUCUUCGAGAGGAAGAUCGGAAUUUGUGAGUACACAGCAUUGGCCUAAAAUGCACGGAGCCGGUUCGGGUUCGGGUUCGGGAUUCUGCUGGUUUAUUGAUAAAAAUGGUUAUUUAUUCUGUACAUUUUAGGGGGCUGAUUUCGGAAGACUGAUCGAGUUUCGAAGAUGAGUAGUAAUACCACGUUGACAUGGAUAAGCUCUGUUAAGAUGCAAUGAUUCUCGAUUUCCGACCAUGUGUCGAUCUGUGGAUCUUGUGUUAUUACCUGAACUCUGACAUCUUCCAGUAGAAUAACUUCAGAGGUUGGCUCUGAAUGUCGGAAAAGAACGAAGAACGGUUUUAUCUCCUUCCUCUCUGUUGAUCUACGUAGUUUCACACAGGUCGAUGAAGUUUGGAUGCGCUUCUCUCUUUCCACCCUAUGCCUAUCUUGAAUGAGGAUGACGGGAAGAUCUCGUAUACCGUUCUCAUGGCUCGGGUGUUGGGAGUGCCUGGAGACAAAAUGCCUCUGCCUUAAUUGUGGGGUUCAUAUCUGAUAUUGCUCUGGAGACUGACCGCCUCUUUGAGGCCUCCCAUAUCAUUUACAUCUUCUUAUAAAAGGUUAACUGUGAAAGUCUGAGCUCUUUAUCCGUCAGAAGAUUGUUGAAUCAACAUGGAAGAUCUUUCUGGGAAUCAUCCUGCCUCCAUCGUGCACCUGCCCGAUGAUUGCCUCAUCUAUAUUUUUCAAAGGCUAAAGAACAGUACUGAUCGUGCAUCGUUUGGCUUAACGUGUCGUCGCUUGCUUCAUGUUCAGAAUAUUUGCCGUAGAUCAUUACAAUUUGAUUGUUCAUUCACCCUCUUGAAGCUUUCUCCAUCGCACCCCAAUCUUAACGUCAAGUCUUUCCAUCUUAAUAGACUACUUGGACGUUUUCAGCAUCUACAGUCUUUGUCUCUUUCAGGCUGCACAGAAUUACCUGAUUCAGGCUUGGCCCCAUUGCGAUCCUAUGGUUCAAAUAUUCGAAGUCUGUAUCUUGAUUGCUGUUUUGGAAUUACUGACCAUGGAGUGUCUGCAAUCGCUGCUGGCUGUCGAUCUUUAACCGUAAUCAGCCUUUACCGCUGCAAUAUUACUGAUGUUGGGUUAGAAACUUUGGCUAGUGGUUGCUCAGAUCUGCAGAAGGUGAAUCUCACAUAUUGUUCGCUUAUUAGCGACUGUGGUUUAAGAGCUCUAUCACAAGGAUGCCACAAUCUCAGGGCCAUCAAGAUUGCACAUUGUAGGGAUGUAACUGGUGUCGGAAUUAGAGGUUGUUCGCCAACACUGAUAUAUGUAGAUGCCGAGUCCUGUAAGCUUGACACAGAGGGAAUAACAGGAAUCGUGAGUGGUGGCGGGCUUGAAUAUCUGAAUAUUGGCAGCGUUGGCUGGUGGCUUGGUCCUGAUAGUUUCGUUGCAAUUGGCUCAGGGUUUGCUCAAAGGCUGAAAAUUCUUAACCUCCGAUUGUGCAGAUCUAUUGGUGAUGAAUCUGCUGCAGCAAUCGCGAGGGGUUGUCCGUUACUACAGGAGUGGAACUUGGCAUUGUGCCAUGGGAUCAAGACGCCAGGGUGGCAAGCUAUCGGGUUGCACUGUAAUAACCUCGAGAAGCUUCAUGUGAACCGAUGUCGGAAUCUAUGUGACCCGGGGCUUGAGGCACUGAGAAGGGGGUGCAAGAAGCUCACUGUUCUUUAUAUCGGCCGGGGUUCUCGCGUCUCGGGUGUCGCAAUAGAACUGUUCAAAAUGCUCAGACAUGGCGUUGAGAUCAAGGACGAAGAGGUAAUGUGCCUAGCACCUGAGCGGGCAGCUUCAUGGUAACGCAUACACGAUUCGUUCUCCAGUGACUUUCGACAUUAAGAUGUAUCGAGUCAGAACAUGGGGAGGGAGGCGUUGAUCUAAUGGAUCCUCUUGGUUUGGUGCUUGUUUUCUUUGGUAAUUGAGAUCAUUCCAGUCUGAUCAAAUUUUGGUGCACUGAGAAGCUUCCUUUCGUCCAAGCGUAACUUUGGAAGUGGCGAUUCAUUCUUUAUCUGUUGCACAUCUGAACCCGCCGGUGUCCUGCCGGACUGAAUUAGAACUUUCCGAAUGAGCCAUUAUCAUUCAAGGUAUCACCUUCUAUAAUCAGUGAACAUCAAGGACACUCAAAAACUGUUGCUCUGCGAUAUCAAAUUUUCCAACCAAUCAACCUGGUCAUAGCCAACCUGACCAAUCUGUUUUGAUGUUCAUUGAUCGCUUGACCUGAGAUUUCCAGUACUGGUCAAUGCAUCUUCCAUAUUAUACAUAUUAUAAGUACAUUUAGAGGAGUUCAUGAUAGUACUGUUAGCAUCUACUUUUGCUCUUAAUCAACAAGAUUUGAAAGAAAAACAAACAAUAAAGCUGCUUUCUGUGAUGUUAA